AUGUGUUUUCCAAAAAUAACUGAAAAUGAAAUUGCCGGUAAACGUGACACACAACAAGAAGAAGAAGCUCAAGAAUGGAUUGAAGCCAUCACUGGUGAACAAUUUACAAAAGGUUCAUUCGAAGAAUCUCUUCGUGAUUGCGUUUUGUUAUGCAGAAUGAUGAAUAAACUUGCUCCUGGAUGCAUUCAGAAGAUCAACACUUCAGGUGGAGAUUACAAAAUUAUGGACAACAUUUCACAAUUCCAAAAAGCUGCUGUCUGGUAUGGAGUGGGUGACGUAGAUUUAUUCAACGCUAAUGACUUGUGCGAAAUGAAAAAUAUCGCUCUCGUUACGCAAACAAUUUUCGCUGUCGCACGCGCUGCAUACAAGCACCCUGAAUUUAAAGGACCAUACUUGGGACCACGUCCAUCAGAAGAGAACAAAAGAGAUUUCACAGAAGAUCAGUUGAGAGCUGGAGAAGCCAUCAUUGGAUUGCAAGCAGGAACUAACAAAGGAGCUUCACAAGCUGGAACAAACAUGGGAGCCUCAAGAAAAAUUAUUUUGGGAAAAUAA